CACUCGCAGCAGACGCCCUCCACCGCUACUCUCCUCCUCCCUCCACGAGCUCGCGCGUUGAGUUCCACGCGCUGGCAACCCCUCCUGAAGCCGCCGCUGAAGAGGACAAGGUGCACGUGGCAGUUGGCAAGUCGGUGGGAAAAGGUGCCACUUUGCUUCAAUGGGCUUUCUCAAACUUCACCAACCCACACAUUCUUUUGCUUCAUGUUCAUCAACCUUCUCCUUUCAUCCCUACACUAUUAGGGAAGUUACCAGCAUCUCAGGCUAAUCCUGAAGUGGUCUCUGCUUUUAGAAGAGAGGAAAAAGAACAGGCCAUGAGGCUUUUGGACAAUUACCUGAGAAUUUGCCGUGCAGCUAAGGUUAAGGCAAGCUUUAUGAUGACGGAAGCUGAUCAGGUCCAGAAAGGGAUUGUUGAUUUGGUUGUAGGGCAUAAUAUUAGGAGGCUUGUUAUUGGAGCAAUACCCGAAGGUUGGAUGAAAGUCAAAAGGAAUUCCAGGAAAGCAAAUUAUGCUGCCAAAAAUGCACCCCCCUUCUGUAAAAUAUGGUUUAUCUAUAGAGGUAAACAUAUUUGGACAAGAGAAGCUUCUGAAAAACCUUGUUCUUUAUCACCGUGUGAAACAAUUGAAACAGAAGGCACUUUUGCUGCCGAAUCAACUACAUCCAGCGGUCCAUUGCCCCAAAAUUCUGCUGAGAGUUCUUCAGAUACUCAUUUAGAGGCUGAAGAAGAAAGAGUUAAUAGUCAACUUGUUGAAGUCAAACAAGAAGCUGAUGAAGCAGCAGAUGAGUCUUUUGUUGAGCUAUUGAAGUUGGAAGCUGAAGCCACUGAGGCCAUAAGGAAGGUCAAUUUGUUUGAAUCUGCUCAUGCACAGGAAGUAAAGCUCAGACAAGAGGCAGAGGAUGAGUUGAGAACCACAGUAAAGGAUCAACAAAAGCUCUUGGAUGAGAAUGAAGAAAUUGGUAGUGAGUUACAAAGAACCAUGAGAAGUAUUGCCAUCAUAAACAGUUGUGUGCAGGAAACAGACCAUAGGCGAGAUGCAGCUGAAGAUGAACUAUCACUAAUUCAAGCAUCCAUCUCCACACUCUGGCACGAAAAACAGCAGAUCAGGCGACAGAAAAUGGAAGCCAUCCGCUGGCUGGACCGGUGGAAAAGCCGUGGGCAAGUUGGAGUUGCUCAUUGUAAUGGAGUUGUAGGAUUUGCUGAGGAGCUACCUGAGAUAGCAGAAUUUUCAUUAUUGGAUAUUCAAAAUGCCACAUGCAAUUUUUCUGAAAGCUUUAAAAUUAAGGAGGGUGGAUAUGGCGCUAUUUAUAAGGGAGAAAUGUUGGGUAGGACAGUUGCUAUAAGAAAGCUCCAUUCUCACAAUUUGCAAGCACCUUCACAGUUUCACCAAGAGGUUCAAGUUCUUGGUAGUUUUCAGCACCCUCAUCUGUUGACUUUGCUUGGUGUUUGCCCUGAAGCCUGGUCACUUGUAUAUGAGUACUUGCCCAAUGGAAGUAUUCAAGACAGCCUUCUAAGAAGGAGCAACAUUUCCCCUUUAACAUGGAAUAUCCGAACACGAUGGAUUGCUGAAAUUGCUAGUGCUAUCUGCUUUUUACAUUCUUCCAAACCGGAAACUAUUAUUCAUGGUGAUCUGAAUCUUGACAUCAUACUUCUUGAUUCUGCACUUUCAUUUUUCCUGUGCCCAAUCCUUCAGGAAAUAAUGCACGAUCCUCAAGUUGCAGCAGAUGGAUUUACUUAUGAAAGGGAUGCCAUAACCGAAUGGCUGGAAAAUGGACAUGAAACUUCUCCCAUGACCAAUCUGAAACUGAAUCAUCUGUAUCUUACUCCCAAUCAUGCACUUCGACUUGCUAUCCAAGAAUGGCUUUGCAAACCCUGAAGCUUCAUUAAUUCAUUGCUGUAAAUAUCUCUGUAUAUUUCUGUAGUUGCCCCCUGUGCUUGCUUUAAAGCAAUCAUUGUUGAGCUUUUAGAGUUAUAGGGCUGGCUGGUUUCUUGUGUUAGCUUUUAUUUUGUAGAUCCCAAGUUGCAACUAGAAUAAUUAUAGGAUUUAGUAUGGAGAUGAGUCUAGAUAUUUGUAAUCUUAUUGUAUCCAUGAAUCAUUGAAAUAGUGAAAUAUCAAGCAUAUUGCCUUUUUUUUUCUAGGGAUAAUUGAAUUUUACCCU